UGCGAACCGAGUACCCCGGUUUUUGUUGCGAAUAGCAUGAUUUCCCGAGAAGUGGUUGUAUAUUGCUAUGAAUUACCUUCCAGGAACAGCUAGCUUAGUAGAAGAAAUAGAUAAGAAACUUCUUGUUGUACUAAGAGAUGGAAGAACACUGAUUGGUUAUCUCAGAAGUAUUGACCAAUUUGCAAAUUUAGUCCUUCAUCGCACCAUUGAAAGAAUUCAUGUUGGUAAAAAGUAUGGAGAUAUUCCAAGAGGCAUUUUUGUUGUGAGGGGAGAAAAUGUUGUGUUGCUUGGUGAAAUUGACCUGGAAAAUGAAAAAAACCCUCAGCUAGAGGAAGUGCCAAUAGAUGACAUUCUGGAAAUGCAGCGUGAAGAACAAAUACAGAAACAACAGGAAGAGGAACGCAAGAAGAAGUCUAUGUUAGAACGUGGACUGCAGCCUCAUUCUGAACUUCAUGAUGACCUUUUUUAAAGUUCAUGUACAAUUAAUUUUAAUAGUCGUAAACUAAUGAGAGAUUCUUUUAGGUAUAAGAGCUAUGGAUGACAUUUUUCUACCAGCUCAAAAUGUCAGAUUCAAAAACUUUAUAUAUAUACUGCAAUAAAUAUUCUGUUUUGCUACUUUCAUAUGUUUAUCAUUUCAUGUUUCUUUUUGUGAAGUGUUUAAAAUCAUGAACAUGUCAUAUCA